AUGCAUUUGGGCUGCUCUCACUGCUGGUUGUGCCCUCCAAAAAGUAGCCAGAAAUACCUGGUAAUUCUGAGCAGCCUUUGUUUAAAUUUGCUUUCUUCUGCAGAUUAUUUGUGCACUCCAGAGGAGAAUGUUUACAAGAUAGACUUCACCAGGUUCAAAAUCCGGGACAUGGAAUCUGGCACCGUCUUGUUUGAAAUCACCAAACCAGCAGCUUCAGAACGUGAACACAAUGACAAGAAGGACAUUGACCCCAAUGCUGGACGGUUUGUACGCUAUCAGUUUACCCCAGCUUUUCUUAGACUUCGGCAAGUGGGAGCCACGGUGGAAUUCACAGUAGGGGACAAACCCAUCAAUAACUUCCGCAUGAUUGAGAGACACUACUUCCGGGAUCAAUUGCUUAAAAGUUUUGAUUUUGAAUUUGGGUUCUGCAUCCCCAGCAGUAAAAAUACUUGUGAGCACAUCUAUGAAUUCCCACAGCUCUCUGAGGAUCUCAUUCGAGAGAUGAUCCUUCAUCCAUACGAGACGCAGUCGGACAGUUUCUACUUUGUAGACAACAAGCUGGUGAUGCACAACAAGGCAGAUUAUUCAUACAGUGGAGGACCUUGA